AUGAAGUGGGUGCCGAGUCCCAAAAACAAUAUUCAGAUUCUGCAGGCCGAUGCAAAAGGGCUGAGUGACCAGGUUGAUCGACUAACUGGGGAGGUUUACAACCUGACGGUGCAAAAGUUUAUGUGCUGGAGAAGCUCUGCUUCGAAGCAAGCUUCGCAGAGCAGUCCUCCAAUAGACGUAGACUCUGCUAAGGCACCUGUUAGCUCUCCCGGGUUAGUUAAACCAGGGGAAAGGAGAAAGUGGUCCACAAAAGAAGACCUGGUGUUGAUUAGUGCUUGGUUGAACACCAGCAAAGAUCCGAUAAUUAGUAAUGAGCAGAAGUUAGGCGCUUUUUGGAAGAGAAUAGAGGCGUACUUCAAUGCUAGUCCUAAGCUCAUUGGCUCCCUUCCUAGAGCGUGGGGUCAAUGUAAGCAGAGGUGGGGGAGGGUGAAUGCGGAGGUUUGUAGGUUUGUGGGUUCCCAUGAGGCUGCUCUGAAGCAGAAAGCUAGUGGGCAAAGUGAAAAUGAUGUCAUGAAGGCGGCUCAUGACAUCUAUUUCAAUGAUUAUAAUGUCAAGUUUACGCUUGAACAUUGCUGGAGGGAACUUCGGUUUGAUCAGAAGUGGAAGUCACACUCUCAGCCGAAGGAGAAAAAGAAGGAAUCUGGUGCGGAGCCGGUGGCUGAGGAGGCAGAGGUUAGGUCUCCAGGUAUUAAGGCUUGCAAAGCUGCGAAACGCAAGAAGCCAAACGACGUAGCUUAUGAUCAAAUACAUAGCAUCCUAGCUGAUAAAAACACCAUUUCCAGACAAAAGAUCCUUGAUCGUCUGCUAGCAAAGGACACACUUUCCCCUAGUGAAGAAGCUCUCAAGGAGAAACUCAUCUCUGAAAUGCUUUGA